AUGUAUGAUAAAACAAGCCAUGAAGGUGCCUUGUGGGAGAACUUAUUGUGGGCUGUAAUAAAUCCGAACAAGUCAUUGAUGAACAAUCAGGAUAACAAGCCACUAGGAUCAGAUUCAAAUAUUGACCAAACACCACAACAAGCUGAGGAACUGAUAAUGGGCAGCCAGGAGGAGGAAAGGGAAGAAGGAAUAUACAAGAAACAUAAGGGAAACAAUGAAGCGCAAGACGAAAAAGUUGGUGUUGGUGGUGGUGGUGGUGGUGGAGAUGAAUUAGAAGAUCAAGAGGCAAUUACACAUAUGUUGAUGGAGAGACAGAGGAGGAGGAAAAUGAAAGACAUGUUCUCUGAGCUUCAUGUUUUGCUUUACGGUCCUCACCCCGCUAAGGCAGACAAAUCCACAAUCAUUGAUGAAGCAGUGAGUAAAAUCAAAUCCUUGGAGGAAGAAAUCAAAAUCAAAGAAAAACAAAAGGAAGAAAGUCUCAAACAGAAGAAUCAAACUGCUUCCAAUACUAAUAUUUCCAGAGAGGCAUUUCUAGCUAAUCAAGUAGCUUCUACUCCUAUUACUAGUAUCGAUGUGGGAGCUGUGACAGGAACUGGUUCGUCUUCUUCUUAUUCUAAUGGUCCUAUAAUGUUCCAGACAUGGAAUUUCAUGAAUGUGGUUUUGAGCAUUUGUGGGAAUGAAGCACAAUACUUUGUUUGCUCAUCAAAGAAGCAAUUAGGACUAAUGAGUUCGAUCAUCUUUGUGUUUGAGAAGUAUGGAGUUGAUGUCAUCUCUGCUAAUUUGUCUACUCAUGGUAACAAGAGGACUUACACCUUUCAAGCACGCCUGACUGGAAUAUCUCACAAAGUUGGAAAUUCUCUUCCGGUAGUUGUGGAAUUAUUCAAGCAAGCAGCUAGGGAGCUAAGCUUUCUUGUGUGUUCAGAGUAA